AUGGAUAAUGCCAGUUAUCACACUGUUCGCAAGAAUAAAGCCCCAACAACUGCUAAUCUUAAGACUGAAUUAAAAGAGUGGCUCAAUUCGAACAACAUUCACUUUCAAGAGUAUCAUACGAAAGCACGACUUUUGUGCUUAGUACAUAAGCACAAUCCUGACUCAGUAUAUGAAGCUGAUGAACUUCUCAGGACAAAUGGUCAUGAAGUUUUGCGUCUACCUCCAAAUCAUUGCGAGUUAAACCCCAUUGAGCUCAUAUGGAGUUUAGCUAAAAGAAAGGUGGCAAAGAAGAACAUCAAUCUAUCUGCAGCUGACACAGAAAAGCUUAUCAGUGAAUGCUUUGCAAGCAUAACGGCUGAGGAGUGGAAAAAAAUGACAGACCAUGUUGUUCACGUAGAAAAUAAAUACAAAGAAAGGGAUCACAUAACAGAAAAUGAGAAAGUAUGGGAGAAAGUGAAACAUGUGAGUCUGAAGAAUCGUUGCUGGCUGAAUUUUUGGACAGUGACUUCGAUUAUGAUUCUUAAAUAA